ACCUGUUGUAUACCGCCAUGCCAAUGAAGGAGAAACAGAACAUUAGUCGACUGAAGAGGUCCGUAAGAGAGCUGUUCUCUGAGGGGUCUGCCAGAAGUGGACAUGAUAAUGUGAAAAAGCACGAGCCGACUGCAGACACGUUCAACGCGUUGUUCACCAAAGAGACCUUCGUGAUCUCUGAGGAGGACCUUAGGAUGAUCAAUGGCGACUUGCAGAAGCAGAUGGUGAUAGACGAGUUUAGAGAGCUGGUCUCCGAUGAUGUCUACCCGGAGGAGAAAGUUGCUGGUGAAUACGACGACGACAGUGACUACGGCGGUGACCACAACGAAAAAGACUCUGCCUUUGCCAACAAAGUGAGCGUCAUCAGCGAAGAUGAGGAUGAGGACGAGCAGCACGAGAACUACGGACUUGACGAAAGUGAUACAGGGUUUUCUGAUUUUGAGAAGCAGGAGUACGAGAGAUACAUCGACAACCCGGAUAAACAUAACCAAGUUUUACCCGACUUUUUUGGUGAUUCGAGAACAAAGUCAAAGCCGGGCCAAGGCCACAGUAUUUUUGACGACACGGGUCUUGACUCCGAUACCGAGUUGGACAACACGCAUUUCCUUUACGAUCCUCCUCUGAAAUACAAGGAGAAAUUUUUGAUGUACAUGCUCAAAUCAUCUCCUCUUCUAAUUGUGGGCUUGCUUCUACUUGCUGUGUCGAGCUUUGUGACGAAAGACUCUUUGGAAAACCUCAAAACUCUCAAUCCUUUCGCAUCCGGCUUCAAUCCGAGCCCCUUUUUGAGCCACAAGAUUUAUCUACUAGAAGAAGAUGUGAAAUCCUUGAGGAGGUUAGAGGGUUUGGGAGAAAAAGUGAGUUGCAUUGAAAAUGAGUUCAAAAUCCUCGAGGAUCACAUCAGCAAACUCGAAUUUUCAAUCUCUUCCAAAGAUAUGAUUGAUACCAGCAAUGAUGUUGUGAGCCCCUUGUUUGAAAAAUUGAACGAAUUGGAGCGCAAAGUCGAUGCUCUUUCGAAAGACGUGACCCGGGAUAUUGCGGAUAAAAAGUUUCUAAAAGAGAUGAAGGGCCAAAUUGUCAGAUACUCUGGUGAUCAUGUUGGGCACGCCAAUCAAGCAAAGGAUACCAAAUUGCACAAAGUUUCUUCCAAGUUUUUCAAUAUCGCUAACAAAUGCCAUGUGUCGUUACAGCUUACUUCUUACCCUCCUUUGUCCCAAUACAAAAGAGAAAAACGUCGCAAAACUAUCCAAUCAAGAAUCAUUCAUGGAUUUCCAGAUUUCAUGAAAAGGAUGCUAAAUCCAGCAACCUCUCAAGCCGGUAAUUCCGUUGUCAAGACCUUGGCCGAUAUUAAACUACUAUCUCCAUCAAAUAGUCCAAGAAACGUCCUCUUAGAACAUCCCUCGCUUUUUUGGCAAAGUGUCGCCUCCGCAGUGCCAAUUUACUUGACCGUCCAGGCUCCAGAACCAAUAAAGAUCCAUGAGUUGGGAGUUUAUCACUCCAGACAGCCUCCAAACAUGAACCACGUGGAUGAUGCAGCUAAAGCUGAUGUUCGUAAACGUUGGUUCAACACAGCACCAAAAAACGUUGAGUACCUGGUUCGCCCCAUAGCCACCGAACAAACGGCUAUGAAAGAGGCUAUGGGUGCCUUUUACAAUCAAGACCUCAAGUUUAAUAUUUCCAAAAAGGUUAAGGCAGAUGGCCUAGCUGGAUGGGUACGUGUGGGUGAACUCAAAUACGACAUAAAUUCGAAUCGUGCAUAUCAGCCGCUCAUUUGGAAUGAUGAGGUCAAACUAGAGAUAAGGAAAUGGAAUGUUCUCGACUUUAUGGUAGUUAUCCAUAGUAACUGGGGAGAUGAAGUUGUGGUUUUGGAUACAAUACGCAUAUUUCAGUUAGAAGAUACCAAGUCAUUUGAUUACGACAAGUCAAGAGUUAAUCCAGACGGCUAUGGUGAUGAAAGCUUUGCUGAGGAUGAGGUGAUAUAUCUUGGAGAAGAAAAGCCUCUGGUUUGAAAAACUCUUUUCUGUACAAUAGUCUCAACUAUGU